AUGGUUACCCGUCACGUUUCAGGGCUCGGGGAAGUGACCGGCUUCGAGCGGAGUGCCUUCCCACAUGUCGAGCAGUACCGUGGCAUACGGUAUGGCAUCGUCCCUGCCAGAUUCCAAGCUGCUUCUUCGCUGGCCGGGCCAUUGGCCCCUUUCCCGCGAAUGGUCAUUGGUAUGGCCCUCACGCAGAAGUCGCUCACCCCCGAGCACCAAUAUGAGAUGGACGAGUUCCAGUGCUUGAAUUUGAAUGUGACUUGCCCCAAGGGUCUAGCUCAAGCCGAAGGAUUCCCCGUUGCGGUUUGGGUUCAUGGAACAGUCGAAAUUGUUCCUGGCGUUGUCGGGGAGCGCUUCUACAUGAGUGCUGGGAAGCCAAAUCCGAACGUUCUUCUCUGGCUGGUCAGACUAAGAGAGAGCGGAGAACCAUUCCAGGUGCGAUUAGUUGAUUUGAUCCGGGUAAUGCUCUCUAUGGAUCCGAACAAACGGCCGCGAUCAGCACGAGUACUUGACAUGCUUCGAGGCAUAUCAAUCCGAUAUCUCCCAGGUUCUGUCGAGUUGGCCUUUGACAGCACAUCACCGUCGACCCGUCAAACCGUCGACUACAUUCUGGCUAAAUUGCGACUGCAGAGUUGGCUCUUCGCUUUUAAUCGUUUACUUGACGACGCAGAAAAGGGCGAUUUGAGCAAGGUUGAAUUUGAAUUCAGCACCAUCGCCGAGGCGCUGAAAGAGACGGAUCGCAUCGUGCAAGUCGAUGCUAGCUACUAA